UUAUUUUUUACCGACUCGAAACCACCGGUACAGAAUACCGUGUGUGACUUCACGUGAGCGGAGGGCUGUGAUAUCGGUGUAAUGCACGGUUAGACAACAUUUAGGCUCAUCAGUAUAGCAGGUAAAUUAAUAAAUAGCGUGUUUAUUUUGCAUAUUUUUGUAGAAGUCUGUUCGUCAUUCUUCUAAACUGGCUCAAACUAACCGUUGUAACUGUUAGCCGUUUGUCUUCGGCAGCUCGAGGCGGUCGGUUAUUUUACAGUUGGCUUCUCUGCUGCUUCAUAUUCACAAGUCAAAACAAGACACAUGUAAAGUUUAUUAUCAUUUAAAGUUAAAUAUUCGUCCCCUGCUGCCCAAGUGCAGAUGCCUCGUUUGGAAAAGUCGAGUGGCAGAGGGACAAAAAGACCUCAAUUAGACUGGAAGUUUGUGCAGAGGUUCUGCAGGAUCCAGAAAGUCCUGUUCCCAUCAUGGACCAGCCAAAGUGCUCUGAUGUUUGGCACGCUGCUCGCUGUCACCCUGACAGAGCAGCUGAUCAUUUACCAAGUGGGUGUCCUCCCCAGCCACUUCUACAACGUGCUGGCUGACAAAGAUCACUCCGGCUUCAAGAGCCUGGUGGGCACAGCUAUGGUGCUCAUUUUGCUCAACUCCACACUGAAAAGUGUUGACCAGUACAUUUGCAAUCAGAUGUAUGUUAGCUGGAGGAAGACGCUAACCGAGAACCUCCAUACAGCCUACUUCCAGGGCCGAGUCUAUUAUACACUCAAUGUACUCAGAGAAGACAUAGACAACCCAGACCAGAGAAUCAGUCAGGACGCGGAGAGGUUGUGUAAGCAGAUGAGUACCAUGGCCAGCCGUUUGAUUGUGUCACCGUUCACACUAACUUACUACACCUACCACUGCUUUUACAGCACCGGCUGGAUCGGUCCUGUGAGUAUCUUUGGCUACUUUGUGAUUGGGACCAUUGCCAAUAAAAUCCUAAUGGGGCCGAUUGUUUCGACUCUGUUUGAGCAAGAAAAACUGGAGGGUGACUUCAGAUUCAAGCACAUGCAGAUCCGUGUCAAUGCAGAGUCUGCAGCUUUUUACAGAGCUGGUAAAGUGGAGCACAUGAGGACCAAUCGAAGACUGCAGGCUCUGCUGCAAACUCAGAAGAGUCUAAUAAACAAAGAGCUCUGGCUUUAUAUCGGGGUAAACACCUUUGACUACGUUGGCGGUUUCCUCAGCUACAUCAUAAUCGCCAUUCCCAUCUUCACUGGCGUCUAUGACGGUCUCACUCCAGGUGAGCUCAGUGCACUCAUCAGUAAGAACGCCUUUGUCUGCAUCUACUUGAUAAAUGGCUUCACGCAGCUAAUAGACCUGUCAACCACUCUGUCAGAUGUGGCUGGAUACACCCACAGGAUUGGAGAGCUGAGGGAGGUGAUGGAUGACGUCCUACGCACACAGUGUGACUAUGACCCAGCAUCAGGAGAAAGCUACGACUUUGACAGUGACUUCAAUGUCCAUGCAGGCCCCGUGGACACCGCCUUUAUCCUGGACCAUCUUUCAUACAAAUCUCCUUACUCAGACCAGCUCCUGGUUGAAGAUCUGAGUCUGAAAAUCAGUCAGGGGACACAUCUACUGGUGGUGGGGAACACAGGAACCGGCAAGACGUCACUACUGAGGGUCCUCAACCGACUCUGGGAGGCACACAGCGGUUUUGUCCAGAUGACCACAUGUUUCGGGCCCAGAGGAACCCUCUUCCUGCCACAGAAACCUUACCUGACUGAUGGCACGCUGCGUGAACAGGUGAUCUACCCACUGAAGGAUAUUUACCCUCAGUCAGGGUCCGUGGACGAUGACAGGAUUAUACAGUUCCUGGAACUAGCUGGAGUGUCCAGUCUCCUGAAGCGAACAGGCGGGCUGGAUGAAAGAGUGGACUGGAACUGGUAUGAUGUCCUGUCUCCAGGUGAAAUGCAGCGUCUCUGCUUUGCUCGACUCUUCUACCUGCAGCCCAAAUAUGCAGUGUUGGAUGAGGCCACCAGUGCUUUAGAGGAGGAGGCAGAAGCACAGCUGUACAGAACGUGCAAACAGCUGGGCAUGACUUUGCUCAGUCUGGGACACCGUAAAAGCCUGGAGAAGUACCACGAUGUCCAGUUGAAACUGUGUGGAGAAGGCCGGUGGGAGUUAACUAAGCUAAAAGGAGGCAGCGGGAGCCUCAGUCUCAGAGAAGAAACCACGUGUCUUUAAAAUCCUGGACGUGCAGGAAGUAUCAGCGUGGGAGACGAGAAGAGAAAAACACUCCUGAAUUCCUCAGUUAGUAACACACAAGUGCUCUUAAGCAAGGUACCAUAAAACUCAAUUUCUCCAUAUAUACGCAUCCAGUUUGUAUUCAUGUAUGUAUGUAUUCAUGUCCACAGGAUAACAUUUUUCACCAGUUGAAUACGAGGUUAUUAAAAUGGGUAUGAGUGCAACAUCUUUCCUAAAAAGACGAGGUUGAGCCAAAAUGUGAAAGACCCAAAGACUUUGCCAAACAAAUGUUUUAGAUGGCUUUGUAAUUAUUCUAAUAAAUAUAUUAAACA